AUGGCUAUCAACUGCAAAAGAAUUGUAUUAGUGUCUUUAGCUAUUCUCUCAACUGCAAUAGCAGAUAUGGACAUGGAUAUGGAUGAAGAAAGACCAGAAUUUCAUCCUAUUAAUCCAGAAUCUAAAACAUUUCAUUGGAUUAUUACAUUAUUUACAUUACUCAUGAUUCCAUCAAUAAGUACAUCUUUAGCAUUUGCAAAUAGAUUCCAUUGGUCUUUAGGUUUACAAUAUAUUGCAACAGGAUAUUCUGUUUUUGAAUCUUUAUUUUUGGAUUUUCCGGAUAAUGUAGAUAAUCAUGAAAAUAGAACUUCAAAGGGAACCAGUUGGUUUUUGAGUAUACUAUUGGGAAUAACCAUAUUUUUGGGGACGUUAUUGAAUGGAAGUAACUUUGUUAUAAAUAAGUUUUAUCCUCAUUUAUCAAAACAUUAUAAUGAAUAUGGAUUAAUGUCAAAAAUAUAUAAAGCGUUGUCCUUACUAUGUGUUUUGACUGGAUGGGUUAGAGUAUGUAUGGCCCCAAUUGCAUUGUUUGGCUUUUGUUAUGGCAGACAUACUGGCCAAUGUAUAGCUCAUGGAAUUAUGGGGUCGGCUUUUAUACUAUAUUCGUUUAUUUUAUCAAUGGUCCUAGUGGUGCCUUGGAUCAGAAAACAUCAAUUAUUAAGCAGCAACACUGCUAACUUGAGAUCUCAAGAAUUUUAUGAUUCAACAAUAAUGAUGUUAUGGGGAAUUGUAAAUACUUUCACAGAGCAUAGAUGGGGAAAAGAAGGUUGGAAUAUGGGAGAUUAUCAACAUACUGCAAUGGGAAUAAUUUGGUGGGGUGGUGGAUUAUUGGGAAUGUUUUUAUCAAGAAAUAAUCAAAGAACUUUUAUACCUGCUUUAUUAUUGAUUUUCACUGGGUAUUCAAUGAGUCAACAUUCUCAACAUUUGGUAAUAUCAACUAAAGUUCAUUCAGUUUUCGGAAUUGCUUUAAUGAGUGCUGGUGUUACUAGAAUCAUAGAGAUUGUAUUAUUGUUGAAAGAUCAAGCUUGUAGUCAGCUGGGUAAGAUCUUAUCAUUUCAAUAUUUACCACCAUUUUGUUUGACACUAGCUGGGAUUAUGUUCAUGAGUGCAACUGAAGAACAAUUGCAAUUGGUACAUGAUUUAGGCUCUGAUCAUUCUGCGUAUAUAUUGGUUGUUUCAUCGGCUGCUUUUCUAAUAUAUUUAUGGAUUUUACUAUGUAUAUGGUUAUAUUUAAAACUAGUGGGUUAUAAUGAGGAUGGUGAGAUACAAAAUCAAGGUUAUAAUAGCGUGGCGGCUGAAGAGUUCGAAUUGGGAGACGUAAGUGAAGUCGAAUUUGAAGUUGAUGAUGAUGAAGAACUUUCAACCCCAACAGAGAGGUAG